CGGAGCCUUCGUGGGGACCGCCCUGGUAUAUAAAUGGGGCGGGGCCUCCCCGGAGGCCAUUGCGCGGCCGCUGAGUUCGACCCGCCCGCCGCUCCGCCCCCCGGGAAAGUCGGUGCCACCAUGGAGGAGUACCACCGCCACUGCGACGAGGUUGGCUUCAGUGCUGAUGAAGCACACAACAUAGUUAAAGAGUGUAUAGAUGGGGUCUUGGGUGGUGAAGAUUAUAACCAGAACAACAUCAACCAAUGGACUGCAAGCAUAGUGGAACAAUCCUUGACACAUUUGGUUAAGUUGGGAAAAGCUUAUAAAUAUAUUGUGACCUGUGCAGUGGUCCAAAGGAGCGCCUAUGGCUUUCACACAGCCAGCUCAUGUUUUUGGGAUACUACAUCUGAUGAUUUCGAAAAGGCUAUCAACAGGAUUGCUUUGUACCUAGCAAUGAGUAUGCCUUCAGACAAAUAUGAAAUGGGAAGAUUUAACAGAUCGCAGGAAAUAAGAUAUUAAAACAGAUGAAAAAUGAACCUGUACUGUAAGAUGGGAGAACCGAACCAUGAACUGUAUUGUCAAUGUUUUCGCCAUUGCUAUUGUCCUGUGACCGACUAAAAAUGUGCGGCCAAAGCCAUUAACUUAAGAAUUUGUCAGUGUAUCCUUUCUAAAAAGAGUAGUAGUUACUAAUUAAUGUGUUAAUGACAAGUGUGCAAUAUGCUUCAAAAGCUACCAAUGAAAACUGAACAUUAUACAAGCAAUCUCAUAGUAAGUUGGCAGAUUAUCUCAUGUUCUAUCCGGCAUCAUUUAAAUAGGAAAAAUUUGUUGUUGGCAAAACACAAAAACAAAUACGGCAUGACAUGAAAAUAUAAUCUUAUAUUUUCACUAACAUGUACCUAAGAAGAUGGGGAAAUCCAUCCAGAUAAUAAAAUUCUCUUUCAUCCAGAGAAGUUAACAGGGAUAAAUAUAUGACCAAAAAAAAAAGAUGCAAAGAUAAAUGUGGAGAAAAUAAUAACUAGCUAACACUUCUUAGUUUUUCAUCUCCUCUCCUCACUUAGUUGUACAUAUCAUUUAGUAGAAAUGAAUUCUGUUCGUUUUUUUCCCUACCAACUAUUACUACGGUAGCAACCAUCAUUGACUUGUUUACUUUUUCUGAGAAUUGUCCAAACAGUUUUUUAAAUUUAAAAUUCUUGGAUUUACAUUUGAGAGCCAAAUAAAUCUGGGAACCUGAAUUCCCUAGUUCAGCAAAAUUCGGGACAGUGUCUGCUGAAAGGUACAUGACACUGACAGCUGACUCACAACUGGCUCAUUUCACAUAGAGCCAACAUUUAUGGAAUCCCUAUUAUAUGCAUAUUUCUCUCUUAGCAUUACAGUUAUCAAUGUACUGUGCAAAUGCUGAGUUACUUUUGGCACCUGUUCAGUUGGACAGCUAACAUGCUUGGGGAAGAAAGAAUUGUUUGACAAGAAGAAAAUGAAUCUGGUUAUCCAUGUAGAAAUAAGCAAAAUGAAAAGCACUUAUUGCUGACAGAGAAUUUUCGAUGUCAUUUUAAGCAUUGCUCCUAGCAAGUAAAAAAAUGCAAAGAAUAUGCAACUCUUAGUUAAAGGCCUUACUAAGCAGUGUGACUAUACAGAUAGUCAAUUUUGUCGUUGCUUUAGUUACAACCAUCUGUAAAUAAUUCAAAUACUUAUGACAUGGGGUUCAAAUUGAGUGGAGUCAAGUAUAAAUUAAAAGUAUACAAUCAUUAGCAGGUUAAUGAAUAUCUCAGGGCUUAUGAAAUGUAGUUAAAUUUAUUAAGAAAAUAGAAGAUGAAAAAUUAGGGUACACAGCUGGUCGCCAAACGCGAAGUCAAUCUGGUUACUUAGCCUGGAAAACAAAAUUAAUUUUGCAUAUUACCACUAACACUAAUAUACAUAGGGAGGGGAACCACGAUUCAUUGCAUUUUGAGGGGAAAGGCAGGCUUAGUAUUAGUACUGACAAUAUUAAGAUAGUGAUAGUAUUCUUGUAGGAAUACUAUGUGCAUGUUUGAUAUAUUGCUGAAUAAUUGUUCAAUGUUUAAGAAGAAUAUUAAGAAAAUACCAGGAUAAUUUCAUGGGGGUGAUCUACAUGUCUGGCACGUCAAAAAUUCUCACAGCCAUUACCUUUCUUUUACGUGGCGCUGUUGGCUUUUGUGCCUUGAAGAUUAUAUUAGUGACCAAAAUAUCUGUUCGGUUAAGGCUUGCUUUUGAUUAUUGUUAUUGAAGCCUGAUUUUAAAGGAAUAAUAAUCAAAUAUACCUCGUGAACUUGCUAUCUGCUCUGUUUUUAUUUAAAAUACAAUAAAGAUUAGCUUCCUGCGCUGUGCUUUUCA